CCUGCUUAUCAGUCUCUAAGCAUGGCUGGACUACAGCUGGUGACCCCUGCCUCCUCACACAUGGGGCCCUUCUUCGGUCUACCAUGGCAGCAGGAAGCUAUCCAUGACAGCAUAUACACACCAAGGAAAUAUCAGGUUGAACUUCUUGAAGCAGCUCUUGAACACAAUACUAUAGUCUGCUUAAAUACUGGCUCAGGGAAGACCUUUAUCGCAGUACUCCUAAUCAAAGAACUCUCCCACCAAAUCCGUGGAGAGGAUGAAAAGAGAACAGUUUUCCUGGUGAAUGCAGCAUCAUCUGUGGUUCAGCAAGCAUCUACUAUAAGAACCCACUCCGAUCUCCAGGUAGGCGACUACAUGUCAGAAGAGAUGACAUCAUGGCCCGAGGAGAUGUGGAACAGAGAGAUGAUGGGGAAUCAGGUUCUGGUGAUGACGUGCCACAUCUUCCUGCAUGUGUUGAAAAAUAGAGUCUUGCCACUAUCAAAAAUCAACCUGCUGGUUUUUGACGAAUGCCACCUUGCAAUCACGGACCAUCCUUAUCGGGAAAUAAUGAAGAUUUGUGAGGGUUGCCCUGGCUGUCCCCGUAUUCUUGGUCUGACUGCUUCCAUUUUAAAUGGCAAAUGUGACCCAUGUGACCUGGAGGAAAAGAUUCAGAACCUAGAGAAGAUUCUGCAGAGCAAUGCAGAAACUGCCACUGACCUUGUGGUGCUGGAUAGGUAUGCAUCCCAGCCUCGUGAGGUGGUGCUGGACUGUGGACGAUACCAGGAUGAAAGUGGACUCUCUGAGAGACUUCUGGGCGAGCUGGAUGAAGCCCUUAAUUUUCUUAAUGACUGCAACUUAUCUGCUCAUCGAGAAGAACGAGAUCCCACUUUCAUCUCCAAACAGGUGCUGAAUGAUUGUUGGGCCGUGUUGACUGUGCUUGGUCCAUGGUGCGCCGAUAAAGCUGCAGGAAUCAUGGUGCGGGAGCUGCAGAAAUACAUCAAACAUGAACAGGAGGAGCUGAACCGCAAAUUCCUGCUCUUCACAGACACCAUUCUGAGAAAAAUUCAUGCCUUAUGUGAGGAGCAUUUCUCUCCAGCCUCCCUGGACCUAAAGUUUGUCACUCCCAAGGUCAUCAGACUUCUGGAGAUUCUCCACGAGUACAAACCUUUCGAACGGCAGCAGUUUGAAAGCGUGGAGUGGUACAACAAUCGCAAUCAGGACAAUUAUGUUUCAUGGAGCGAUUCUGAGGAUGAUGACGAGGAUGAAGAGGCAGAGGCAAAGGAGAAACCUGAGGCGAAUUUUCCCUCACCUUUCACCAACAUCCUCUGUGGAAUUAUCUUUGUGGAAAGGCGAUAUACAGCGGUUGUUCUAAACAGGCUUAUCAAAGAAGCGGGUAAGCAAGACCCAGAGCUGGCCUACAUCAGUAGCAAUUUCAUCACAGGUCACAGUAUUGGCAAGAACCAGCCACGUAACAAACAGAUGGAGGUGGAGUUCAGAAAACAAGAGGAGGUCCUGAGGAAGUUCAGAGCCCAUGAAACCAACUUGCUCAUCGCAACCAGCAUCGUGGAGGAAGGGGUUGAUAUUCCAAAGUGCAAUUUGGUUGUGCGGUUUGACUUGCCGACAGAGUACCGGUCGUAUGUACAAUCCAAAGGUCGUGCCCGUGCUCCUGUCUCCAAUUAUAUCAUGCUAGCUGAUAGCGAACGGACGAAAACAUUUGAAGAGGACCUCAAGACCUACAAGGCCAUAGAGAAGAUUCUCAGAAAUAAGUGCUCAAAGUCAGCAGAAUGCAGUGAUUUUGAAAUGGAGCCAGUAACCGAUGAUGACAACAUUCUCCCUCCUUACGUCCUGCGCUCAGAGGAUGCCGGCCCCCGUGUCACGAUUAACACAGCCAUUGGACAUGUCAACAGAUAUUGUGCACGGUUGCCCAGUGAUCCAUUCACUCAUCUUGCUCCUAAGUGUAAAACUGUGGAGCUGAAGACUGGAGGUUACCGGUCCACUCUCUUCCUUCCCAUCAACUCUCCACUCAGAGUACCUGUCACUGGGCCAACAAUGAACUGUGCAAGACUUGCUGAGAAAGCAGUUGCUCUUCUCUGUUGUGAAAAACUGCACAAAAUUGGGGAGCUAGAUGAUCAAUUGAUGCCGGUAGGGAAGGAAACUGUGAAGUAUGAAGAGGAGCUGGACCUGCAUGAUGAGGAGGAGACGAACGUGCCAGGAAGACCAGGCUCCACAAAACGGAGACAGUGUUACCCAAAAGCCAUACCAGAGUGUCUGCAGGUUUGUUACCCUGUGCCAGAGCAGCCUUGCUACCUGUAUGUGAUUGGGAUGGUCCUCACCACACCUCUUCCUGAUGAGCUCAACUUCCGCCGGAGGAAGCUGUACCCGCCAGAGGAUACUACCCGAUGUUUUGGCAUUCUGACAGCUAAAGCAAUACCUCGGAUCCCUCACUUUCCUGUGUACACGCGCUCUGGUGAGGUGACCAUCUCGAUUGAGCUUCAGAAGUCGGGCUUCACUCUGAGCGCAGAUCAGCUGGAUCUCAUCACUCGCUUGCACCAGUACAUCUUCUCCCACAUACUCCGCCUGGAGAAGCCAGCACUAGAAUUUAAACCUACAGAGGCAGAUUCUGCCUACUGUAUUCUACCUCUCAAUGUUGUUGAGGAUUCCUAUACGUUGGACCUGGAUUUUAAGUUCAUGGAGGAUAUUGAAAAGUCUGAAGCACGAAUCGGCAUUCCAAACACUCAUUACACCAAGCAAAACCCAUUCAUUUUCAAAUUGGAUUACUACCAAGAUGCUGUCAUCAUUCCGAGGUAUCGUAAUUUUGACCAGCCACAUCGGUUUUAUGUGGCUGACGUUUACACAGACCUCACCCCGCUCAGUAAAUUCCCCUCUCCAGAGUAUGAGACUUUCGCUGAGUACUACAAAACAAAGUACAACCUUGACCUGUCCAAUGUUAACCAGCCCCUACUGGAUGUAGACCACACAUCUUCAAGAUUGAAUCUCUUAACUCCCCGGCACCUUAAUCAAAAGGGGAAAGCCCUUCCUCUCAGCAGUGCAGAGAAGAGAAAGGCCAAGUGGGAAAGCCUUCAAAACAAACAGAUUUUAGUUCCAGAGCUCUGUGCCAUUCACCCCAUCCCCGCCUCUUUGUGGAGGAAAGCCGUAUGCCUUCCCAGCAUUCUCUACCGACUUCACUGCCUUCUGACUGCGGAAGAGCUGCGGUCUCAGACAGCCAUUGACGCUGGCGUAGGGGCUCAGACCCUGCCUCCUGAUUUCAGGUAUCCUAAUUUGGAUUUCGGAUGGAAGAAAUCCAUUGACAGCAAGUCUUUCAUUUCCUGCCCCAGUGAAUACAUAGAAGACGACAAUCACUGUAAACAUGAUACAAGCUCAGAUUCAGACCACACUGCCCAGGAGGGCUGCAGUAUGGAGGCCUCCCAGCCUCCAGAGGGUGCUCUCCCCUGUGACAACUGCAACAAACCAGAUGAAAAGCUAGAAACCCACAUGCUCCCUGUGACUGAUCACCAGAUGCCAAACAAAGACCCCAGCAACUGCGUCUGUUACCCAAACCUCCUUAAUAGGACUCGGGCUGACGGUGGCGACCUUCUACCCCGACACAACAUUUGCCAAUACCAUCAGCUGGGCUCACUGGAGAGCAACUUGACAAUGCAUACCACUACCUCAGAUCCUGUGUGGCCCUCUCCAACCAUCGAGCCACAGCCCCAACCCAGUGAUGAAUGUAACCCAAGCAGGAACUCGGAUCUCUGUGACAGACAUGUGAAAAAACCUACCUCAUACUUUUGCCCUAAACCGGAGACAGCAACCAGCACCACAGCACCUUCAGCCGUGUCUUCAGAGGUCUCUGUUGUGAUGUCUACAUAUGCUAGUGCAUGCCCAUCUUUGGAUUCUCCAAAAACCUUGGGCCCCAACCCCGGCCUCAUCCUGCAGGCCCUGACUCUCUCCAAUGCCAGUGAUGGCUUCAAUCUGGAGAGGUUAGAAAUGUUGGGGGACUCCUUCUUGAAACAUGCUAUCACCACCUACCUGUUCUGCACAUAUCCUGAUGCCCAUGAGGGCAGGUUGUCUUACAUGAGAAGCAAGAAGGUCAGCAACUGUAAUCUUUACCGUCUGGGCAAGAAAAAGGGCCUUCCUAGUCAAAUGGUGGUGUCCAUCUUCGAUCCACCUGUAAACUGGCUGCCUCCAGGCUACAUUGUGAAUCAGGACAAAAGCAGCACAGACAAGUGGGACUCAGAUGAGAAUAAAGAUUUGCCCAAUGGAAAAGCCAGUGAUGAUGAUGAUGAUGAGGAUGAUGAUGAUGAUGAUGAAGAUGAAGAAGAGGGAGAGGUUGUGAAAGGCGAGCCAUCCAAGGAUGAGGUGAAUGUUGACGAUGAGCUGGAAUAUGACUCUGAACACAUCAAGUUCAUCGAUAACAUGCUGAUCGGCUCCGGCGCCUUCGGGAAGAAGAUCUCCCUCCAGCUGGCCAAGCCUGGAUAUGAAUGGAAAGAACCCAAAAAACCCCACAAUGUCCCCUUUCCCUCAGACGGUGGUGGUGAUGAGUUUGACUACAGUUCCUGGGAUGCCAUGUGCUACCUGGACCCCAGCAAAGUAGGUGAGGAGGAUGACUUUGUGGUGGGUUUCUGGAACCCUUCAGAGGAAAACUGUGGCACAGAUAUUGGGAAGCAGUCCAUCUCCUAUGACCUCCACACCGAACAGUGUAUCGCAGAUAAGAGCAUAGCCGACUGCGUGGAGGCCCUGCUUGGAUGCUACCUUACCAGCUGCGGGGAGAGAGCGGCCCAAAUGUUUCUGUGCUCCCUUGGCCUGAAGGUGCUCCCAGUGGAGAAGAGUUCUUUGGGGUCAACUGAGUUGCAGUACGGCUGGCUAAAGAUCCCUCCACGCUGCAUGUUCGACCACCCAGAUGCUGAAUGGACACUCAACCACCUCAUAUCCGGCUUCGAGAAUUUUGAGAAGAUGAUCAACUACACAUUUACAAACAAGGCAUAUCUUCUGCAGGCCUUUACCCAUGCCUCGUAUCAUUACAACACCAUCACAGAUUGCUAUCAGCGGUUGGAGUUCCUUGGUGAUGCAAUUUUAGACUACCUCAUAACAAAGCACCUUUAUGAAGAUCCGCGGCAGCACUCCCCAGGCGUGUUGACCGACCUGCGCUCUGCACUUGUCAACAACACCAUAUUUGCUUCCCUGGCUGUCAAGUAUGAUUACCACAAGUACUUCAAAGCAGUCUCGCCCGAACUGUUCCACGUGAUCGACGAUUUUGUGCAAUUUCAGUUGGAGAAGAACGAAAUGCAAGGAAUGGAUUCUGAGCUUCGCCGAUCGGAGGAAGAUGAGGAGAAAGAGGAAGAUAUUGAGGUCCCCAAAGCAAUGGGAGACAUCUUUGAAUCACUCGCUGGUGCAAUUUACAUGGAUAGCGGGAUGUCACUUGAGACAGUUUGGCAAGUGUAUUAUCCAAUGAUGAGGCCACUCAUAGAAAAAUUCUCCGCUAAUGUUCCUCGUUCCCCGGUGCGUGAACUCCUGGAGAUGGAGCCAGAGACGGCAAAGUUCAGCCCUGCGGAGAGAACCUAUGAUGGAAAAGUACGGGUUACAGUGGAAGUGGUGGGCAAAGGCAAGUUCAAAGGUGUGGGCCGCAGCUACAGGAUAGCCAAGUCAGCGGCUGCCCGCAGAGCUCUGCGCAGUCUCAAAGCCAAUCAACCUCAGGUCCAAAACAACUGAUCUUCAGACAGCAGAACCCCUAUCAACACCACGUGAAGAAUCCUUGCAGACUGCGUUCUCACUGGGGUUGUCAAAUUCAAUAAAUUAACCGCGUCAAAAGGUUCAAGUAUAAUCCACAGAGGGUUCAUUUUUCAUUUUAUCCUUUCGUGCGCAAACACAAUCUUUCUUUUUCUCCCCAGCUUUGUUUGAUCAUGAGUGCUUUUUUAUGUAUUGCAAGUGUUAAGAAAAAGGUCAGGUAUUUUUCCCUCUUUUUAUUAACAUUAAUAAAUGAUAAAUGCUUUGCUUUGUGGUAGUGAUUAAGAAGCUAAAUCUUAUAGGUAGUAUUAGAAUGUACAUAUUUAAACUCCAAUGUAUCAAACAAAUAAGAGAAAAAUAAUCCAUUCAAAAACACAAAAUUCCUCAAUCUGUGAACUAUUGACAGUUUUGCGGUGGUUUUUAAACGCUUUGACAAAGAUGGUGUUGGAGUAAGACAACUGAUUUUCUCUAUCUUGAGAUGCUAUUCUCAAUCAUAAUUGCACUUAUUUCUUUAGGGUUUCUUUUUAUUUUUAACCAGAGCCAUGAGCAUUUUGUCAACAACAAAAUCAUUUAGAUCUAUAUUCUACCAAAAGAGAAAAGCCCUCACAUUCUUAAAAUGGAUAGAAAUUUGACAUUCACGAUUACUGUAAUGAACGUAGUUGUAAACGGCACUUGAGGAAGCAUGUUUAUGUAGCCAUCUGUUAUCUAAGCUAACUGGAUGGGUUGUAUAGACGUCAUAGAGCUACAUUCAUACAAUCUGCAUUAUAUAGAAAAUGCAAUAGCAAAUGUUUCUGACAUACAUUGAUACUUGGGUUUCAGUAAUGUCUUUUUGAUACCGAUAUUGAUGAUAUUUAGUUGACAGUCUUUAUGAACAUUAGAUGUCCCUAUAGACUGACUGACUUAGUUUUGAUAUAAUGACAUAAAGGAAAAAAGGACAUAUCACCUGGGAAAAUAUGCUGCAGAUUUUAUAUUAAAAAAGGAAAGAGAAAAAUAGGAUUGGAUAAUAAGACAUAAAGCACCUUUACGUACCGUCUUCAAGACAAACCGAUAUUUUCGCUAAAUGACUUCACUUGCAUUAAUUACCAAAGUCGAUACUGAUGCAACAUUGUGAGGUUGCACCUAUUAAACAGAUAGUUCUGCAAAGAAGGAACAUUCUGUUGUCAUUUACUAACCAUCAUGUUGGGUGAGUAAAUGUAACAAUUUUCAGUCAAUCCUUCAACAUUCUCACAUUUUUCGUGUUAACCAACCUUUAUUUUAGCGUAAAUGCGUUGUAGCCUCUUGUCUAACGUAAAUGUUUUCAUAUUAAUAGGCAUUCUUUACUUGAAUACCUCAGUUAAUUGCUUGCAUUUGUUUUUUUUUUUGGUGCUAUGUUUAAGCUUGAAUUUCUCAUCUUUUGCACUGUAACUGUAUUACCUCUUAAGUUUACUUUUUUGAAAUCUGUUGGGUUGGUUAUUCUGUUUGGUCAGCAGUCAAGCUCUAGAAAUUUGAAAUUCCCCUUUUAUAUUUCUUUUUGAUUUUUAUGCUUGAAGGGGAAAAGCUGAGAAAAUUGUUCUCUGCUCAUAAGCUUGAUGCCUCUCUGAGCUUGGCUUUUCUUUCAAUUGUGCAUCCAAUCAGAAGGGUUACUUAACGCUUGAGAAAAUUGAUAGAUUGCACUCUGAUACGGUCAGCGUUUCUAUCUUAUAAGCCAUGCAUCUUGCCUUUUGACUUCCCUUUUUCUGCAGUCUUACUAUGUUGCCAAAUGUAAUGACUUUUUAGUAACAUUCAGUCAAUUAUGUAGUAGUAUGUUGACGAAAAUUGAGCACUCUUAUCCAUGUUUACCCUAGGAACGAGGGCCUGAAAUUAUUGUGCGAACAAUUUUUUUAUUUUGUUUGGACAUCUUGAAGGCUACCUAAUUUUCCCCCUCCUUGUCUGUAUCUCCUUUCCUUAAUUCAGUUAUUAAGUUAUGGACAAACUAUUCCUGAAGUUACAUAAUCCCAGGCAUUGCUACCUCAGAAGACCCCUGCGAAUAGUUUGACAUUAUCAUAAAACCAAUGGUUUGUGGAUAUGCCUUUUUUCAAUUAUAAAGGCACAGUAUUGUAUAUGUUCAUCAGCACCUUACAGGGGGAUAAAUAUGUCUAUAUAUACAGUAUGUAUAUAUGUGUGUGUGUGUGUGUGUGUGUGUAUAUAUAUAUAUAUAUAUAUAUAUAUAUAUAUACUCACGACUAUUUGCACUAGAAAACAUUCCCACUGACAUUGAAUUUGCAUCUUUUUAACAGUGUGCGCUCUAAAAUGGUGCCUUUCUACCAUGAAACAUUAAAGUAACAUCUAGACACUUGAUUCAAUGGAAUCACAGCCUUUGCUACUGUAGCAUUUCUUUGCUUUAUGGAUACUUCGUAGGUGAUUUUGUUUUCAAUUUGUUGGUUCGAUUUAGCCAAGAGUUCAUGAAAGUUUGAAGCUGUAAUCAAAGUAUGACACUGCCCCAUCUUGAGAGUGAGUGCAAUCUUGUUCCAUUUUUGCAAGAGUUGAGUUACCCUGUUUACAUUAUCUCAGUCGCAACCCCAGAGUUGAUUGUGUGCAGUGAGUAUCGAAAGUCAUUGGAUAGGAAUGGGUUUCCAUAUUCCCUUUUGUGCAACAGGGUCAGUGCGUGCUGGCUGUGCGAUAUGACACCUCAAUGUAACCCUCAACCCUCAGAGUAUUGCGACACAAUUUUUUUUUCUUGUUUGAUUGUGUGUUUGUAAAAUGUUUUAUUUAAUUUUUUCAGCUUGUUACCAUGUUUUUCCUAAGCCACUCAAAGGCAGACAAUGUUGUCACAUUUCUUUCUUUAUUGUAAGCUUUGUUUUCUCUUGGAUUUGUUUUUUGUCAACUUUGAGAGAAUGUGAACUCACACAUAUGCUGCCACCACAUGGAUACAGAUUCAUUUUUUUUAACAAAACAAAAUUGACUUUUCACAACAAAUAAUGAAUCAUUUAUGCCAGUGCUUGUCCCACAGAAGUGAUAUCCAAGUAAAAAGAAAAAGCAUUGGGAGGGUAAACAUAUGGUCCUCCAUCAUAUCAUAUGAUGCAGAUUGUUUUCCUUCAUGGUGGUGAAUAAUGUUUUCAUUUCCUUUUUAUUUUAUUUUUUAUUUUUUUAACAUGUAGCACAAAAAAAGCAUUGCACUCGGGCGCCAUACUUUACCUCAUGUCAGAACAAGAAAAAAAUUCAGAACAUGUAUAUAUGAUGCUGUAACGUUUAAAGGAAUAAUUUGUGGUUUUGGCCUUGCUGCUGUUUGCAUCGCUGGUAUUUUACAAAUGUAUUUAAAAGAUCAGAGAGAUACAAUGUGCCUGCAGGAUAUCAACAGAGAAAAUACACUGUAAAAAAGUAGUUUUGAAUCUCUACAAUCUGUGGCUAAAUAUGUGUCCUAUGUGUAUAUUCAUGUCCUGCCUUAAUGUAAUUAUUUGAAUAUGGAAUUGUUAUGUAACCCUAGUCCUUUGACUGGCAUGAUUUUCAAAUAUGUUUGGGACAGCACUGUCCCUCACCCAACACCCCCUUCUGGCCCAUAUUAAUUACAUUAUAAGUUGUAAUAGUGCAUGUCGUUGAAGACCCCUUCUCCCCCACCUGUGUUUUAUUUUUAGACUAAAACUGUACAGAUCUGAUUAAAUUAGCCCUAAAUUUAUUGAAGGGGCUUUAUUUCAUAGAGAAGUGUCAUACUUUAUUUUUAAGAAAAAGAAAUGUCCUGAUAAAAGUCAAACAAGGUGUUCAAACAGAAUAUAGCAGGAAUACUAUGUGUGGCAAGCUCCUCUUCAAGGAGUUAACGAGAAUGUUGUGACCACAGAGCACCAUAGAGCACUAAUUCAAUGGGUAAUUAUGGGCCACAAAUGGCAACGGAAUCUGUAUUUUUAAGGGACAUGUGUAUUUAAAUGACUUUUUCAUUCAUACUGUAUCCGUGCUGCAGUGGUUAGCAUUCUGCACCUUAUGGAUCACAAAAACCUUUAAAAAUUCUGUACUCAAAAGUAAUUGUAGCCAAGUAUAUCAAUAAAGUUAUGGUAUGGUCGUUCACAUGUCUGUGUCAUAUUGUUCUUUCAUGGCUGUUUUAAAAAGCCUAUCUUUUGCUACUGUAAUCUCUGUG